CGUAGCGCCUUGUUUUCGUAUCCAUGGAAACGAGGCGGACUCGUUAGCCUGAAAGAAGCUGCUUGUUUUGGCCCGAGUAGUUAUUUAAGCACGUCUGUUUAGUGGGUUUUCAUCUCUUAUAUAUCAACACUAUUUAUCAUUUUCGACAUCCGCGUAAAUGUAAAAUGAGAUCUCAUGACGAAAGGAGCAAGUUAGCUAGGCUAGCCUGUAGGGAUUAGCCGCUUCGGCUCGUGCCAUGGAUCAGUACAGUAUUCUCGGUAGGAUUGGCGAAGGAGCUCAUGGAAUUGUGUUCAAGGCCAAACAUAUCGAGACAGGAGAGACAGUGGCACUGAAGAAAGUGGCCCUACGAAAGCUAGAAGACGGGAUUCCCAACCAAGCACUGAGAGAAAUUAAAGCACUUCAGGAAAUUGAAGAUAACCCAUAUGUAGUAAAGCUAAAGGAUGUGUUCCCACACGGUACCGGGUUUGUGCUGGUCUUUGAGUACAUGCUGUCGGAUCUGUCAGAGGUCAUCCGGAACUCUCAGAGACCCCUGACCGAGUCUCAGGUCAAGGGCUACAUGAUGAUGUUGCUCAAAGGGGUGGCCUUCUGUCACGAGAACUCCAUCAUGCACAGGGAUCUGAAGCCUGCCAACCUUCUAAUCAGCUCGACAGGUCAUUUGAAGAUUGCAGAUUUUGGCCUGGCCAGGCUUUUUUCCAACGAAGGAGAGAGGCUGUACAGUCAUCAGGUGGCCACAAGGUGGUACAGAGCUCCGGAGCUUCUCUACGGUGCUCGGAAAUACGACGAAGGAGUGGAUCUCUGGGCAGUGGGUUGUAUAUUCGGGGAGCUGUUGAACAAUUCUCCUCUUUUCCCUGGAGAGAACGACAUCGAGCAGCUUUGCUGUGUGCUCCGUGUCCUGGGAACUCCCAACCAGAAAGUGUGGCCGGAAAUCACAGAGUUGCCAGAUUACAACAAGAUCACGUUUAAAGAUAACCCGCCGAUCCCCCUGGAGGAGAUCGUGCCCGAUACGUCCCCUCAGGCCAUUGACCUGCUGAAGAAGUUUCUCGUGUAUCCGUCCAAGCAGAGGAUUAGUGCCAGACAGGCUCUACUGCAUCCCUACUUCUUCACAGACCCGCUUCCUGCCCAUCACUCAGAGCUGCCCAUCCCUCAGCGCGGGGGGAAACACUCUCGCCAGCGACUGCAGCCCCCCUACGAGUUCUCAGUGGAUCAGCCUUUGCACGAGAGCUUGGUGGAUCCCAGUCUGAUCCAACCACACGCAUGGGGGUGUUUAUGAGGCCUGCUUCACUGAUCAUACCUUUUGUUUUUUUGCAGGUAGCUGAAGCUGACUUUGUAGUUGCAUUCUUAAAACAUUCAUGAAUAUAUUAUAUAUGACAUCUGGAAAUAUAUUUUAAAAAUAUUUAUUUCCUGCCUGUAAUGAAUUAAAUUAAUUACAGAUUGCACCUUCAUGCUCUCAUGCCAGAUACUGUGAUUUGUUAUGUUAGCUUUAGUUGUUGUACGGCUGUUUAGAUCCUAAUAGACAUGUUAUUCUUUAGCACACAUUUGAAUAGUGUCACAGAACUACUGAUUUGAAUUUUGUGCUUAACUUCCUGUAUAUAACUUCCUGACAGCUCUGCCUCUCUGUUUUGUUGUCUUUUUUUGCCAUGUUUGUGGCUUAGAUAUAUAUUUUCAGCUGUGAAUUCACCUCGUAAUAGUAACAUCACUGCAGGAGUUACUGAACCAAAGCCAGUGUUUCAUAAUCCUCAGCAGUGGUGGCUCAUGGGAAUCAAGCGACGCCUUAGAUAACAGCAAACAGCCACCACAUGACUGAAACCGCACCCUGUUUACUAUAUAUUGCACUGUCAUUUCUAAAAACCUCGUGGAGAAGCUCCAGUGCUCUGAUGAAUAAAAAAUACUGAACACAAUACUUUAUCCUUAAGUCAUCUGGCUGUAUUAUUGCAAACAUAAAUUAAUUGUAUGUGCCCUCAAACAGCCACAACACAUAUUUUAAAGAUGCAGAUUAUAAUUUCAAGCAUUAUUUUAGACCUCUAUAUAAGCAAUAUUAGUUUAAUUUUAAUCCCACUAAUUAGUCUCACUAAUUUCUUCAUUUUAAGCUCCUGAUACAGAUGCAGCAUUCAGCUCAGCUCUCUGAAAUGUAAUUUAUCAGAACAUAAAUAGUUUAGGUUGUGAUUGAAGAUGUCUUUUACUUGCAGCUCGCCUCACAGGCGAUAGAGGGCGCUCUAUAUAACGUCUACUUUAUCACACUACCUGAUUAUUUUCUUAGAUAAUUCUCACAAAACAAAAGCACACCGAAAUAUUGUUACAAGAAUUGGUUUAUUAACAAAAAACAAAAACAAACAAAUAAAAGAAUGAAACAUGUAUGAGCUGCUGGGUAAGGGUCUUGAACACUAUAUUGCCAAAAGUUUUGGGACACCCCUCCAAAUCAUUGAAUUCAGGGGUUGGGCUCGGCCCCUUAGUUCCAGUGAAAGGAACUCUU